AUGGGAAGAUUCGGGUCGCAGACAAGUUCCUACAACCGACUGGUCACUAUCUUUGUGGCCAUCGGGUCGUUGACCUACGGUUACUGUACUUCGAUCAUCAGUAGUACCAUCGGUCAGCCAGGAUGGUAUACCUACUUCAAUCUGCCCGCCGAAGGAGAACCCGGAUAUGCGUCUAUAACUACGCCGGUCGUGUCGACAGCCAACGGUGUGUUUAGUGCUGGAGGAGCCGUGGGAUCGCUGUUCAUGAUGUGGUCUUGCGACUUCUUUGGUCGCAAAGCCAACAUUCAGUUCGGUGCUUUCUUUUCUCUCUUCGGUGGCGCAUUGCAGGCCGGUGCCAACUCACUCCAGAUGUUCCAAGCCGGUCGAUUCAUUUGCGGUCUUGGUAUCGGAAUUCUCGUCACCGUCUGUCCUAUGUACCUGUCCGAAAUGGCGAGUGCCUUCCGUCGCGGAUGGCUCGUCGGUCACCACGCCAUCUUCCUGGUCUUCGGUUACAUGUUGGCUGGAUGGAUUGGAUUCGCCUGCUACUAUGCCGAAACCACCAUUCCUGCCUUUGGUUGGCGAUUCCCGCUCGCCGUUCAGUGUCUGCCGGCUUUGGUCCUGCUCCUCGGUUCUCCUUGGCUCCCUCGAUCGCCGCGUUGGCUCAUUUCGAAGGGAAAAAUGGACGAGGCAGAGCAUGUCCUGACGCAACUUCGAGCCUCACCGGACGACCCGAACAACGAGGUGGCCAAGGAGGAGUUCUUUCAGACUAAGGAGCAAAUUCGCCUCGAGGCUGAGAGGCUUUCACAGUGGGGUAGUAGCCCUUGGAUCGCAGUCUUCAAGAAGCCUUCUUACCGUAAGCGCAUGGUUAUUGGUUUCCUGACUCAAUGGGGAGCGGAAUUUGGUGGACCUUUGAUUAUCAACAACUACGCUGUUCUUCUGUACACCAACCUCGGCAUGACAGGAUCAAUGCCCUUGCUGCUGAGCGCAGUUUGGUUGACCACUGCUGGUGUCAUUUACAACCCUCUCGGAGCCUGGCUCCACGACAAGGUCAACUCCCGACGGGGCAUGUACAUUACUGGCUUUGUCGGUAUCAUCGUCACUACGUCGUGCCUGGCUGCCAUGACGGCUGAAUACGCUGGUACAACCAACCGGGUUGGAAACGGAUUUGGUAUCUUCUUCAUGUUCUUGUAUUUGGCAUUCCAAGGGACCUUCUGUGAUACGACCAUGUACCUCUACGUCUCCGAGAUCUUCCCGACUGAAAUCCGACCUAUCGGAAUGGGCUUCUCACUGUUCGGACAGUUUGCUUCUACUCUGAUUCUGCUCCAGACUGCGCCUAUGGGCUUCAACAACGUCGGUUGGAAGUACUACCUCGUGAUUAUUUGCUGGUCCGCCUUCUUCAUUCCGGUCAUCUAUUUCUUUUUCCCCGAAACCGCCCGCCUGACCCUCGAAGAAAUCGCCAAGAACUUUGGAGAAGAGGUUGCUGUCCACAUUACCGAUGCGACUGACGCCGAGAGGGCCGAGGUUGGUCGACAGGUCACCCAACAACCUCCGACUUCAGCCUCCGGAGAAAGCGAUGAAGGUGCAGCGAAGACCGAGACGGAAGCGCCAAAGGUUGGAUAA